AUGUUUGUUCCCUACCAACUACAUGACAGUGUGCUUUACGACAGUCAUGAUACACAUUUGGGUAUUCAACAAAUAAUCAAUAAAAUUUCUCUUGAGUUCUGGUGGCCAAACAUGUCUCAAGAUGUGACUACCUUCAUUUCCAGCAGCAAUUCAACAGUGACAUGGAAUAAGGAUGGUCCUAGGGAACAUAUUCACAUGGAUUGGGCUUUCAUGAACCGCAUUGGCAAUUUACUCAUUGUCGUCAAUUCAUAUUUCAACUACACUGAUGCUAUCCCCUUGCCCUCAUGCCAAAAGGAAAACAUACAAAAGUGCUUGAUGUGUCUUUUCAUUCUGCUUGGACUGCCAAAAGUUACUACAUCAGACAAUACACCUGAAUUUACAGCAUUGAAAGGUUGGUUAUCGACCCUUGGAAUAAAGAACAUAUAUAUACCUACUUAUCAUCCACAGUCAAAUGGGCAAGCCAAGCGAGCUGUCCAAACCAUCAAACAUGUUUUAUCUGCAUGGAAUCCUGUCAGUGACAAUUGGUAUCCCUAUUUACAGCGAGCUCUAUUCAAUCAUUGA